AUGCUUCAAAAGUGUGAGGAAACGAAAAAGUUUGCCGUGGUGGAAUUCCUCAAUGAAAACACUGUGGAGGCUGUCCCGUUGUCAUGGGUCAUCGAGGAUAAGCGAGGCAGGCAGCUAUGCUACUGGCCUGACAACAUGUCCGGAGUGGAAAUAAAAAAUUAUGUGAAAGUGUCUCACAUUCCUGAUGGAAGCUGGCCCCGCUACACUGUAAAGAUUUUGGCAAGAUGCAACACCUACAAAAAGGCAAAAAGGAAAGCAGGUGAGGCCGAGACUCCUUCCUGUCUUGAGACAACAGAUGCUGGCGAACCUGAUGACGAAGUAGCAGCCGGCGGAUCUCAAGACAGUAACGCUCCCAGCAGCACACACGGUAGAGAGACUUUGCCAGCCCCCCUUCCAGGUCGUUUUGGCAGAGCAUCCUCUCAAGGCUCAAUUCGGGCAGAUCAUCCCCUGGAGCCAAGCAAACAGCAGAUGAGGACGGAGCCACAGCAUGUGACAUCCCAGCAGGGGCUACUGGACUCUUGUGAUGAGAGCUCGGCGUCAGCAGAGGUGCUGGAGCACACUAUCACUCCCUCUGAAACCCAUCUGCUCAAGAUCGUCCUAGAGGUCCGUGCUCAAAACAAGCACAUUGAGCAACAGAACAGGGAGCUUUUGGCCACGGUAGGGCAAGUGCUCCGGCACCUGGUUGCUGUAGAACAGUGUCAGGAAGCAAGGCUAGAGGAACAGGCCAGACCCGAUGUACCCGAGCUCUUCGAGAUGUCAAUCUCUACAAUGGAGGAGUUUUGGGCUGUUGAUAAGCGCCUCAGGAACGCCACAGACCAGGGCACUGCUGGUAUUUAUGAGGGGCAGCUGCUUUCCCUGGGCGAGAGCACCUCUCUCCCGAAGGUCAUCCAAGACAUGGUGGGGCGGCUGCUGUCCAAGGGGGUGCAGGAUAAAUUCUCACUCCUUGGACAGCGGUCUAAGCUCUCGUUCAAGAGCACCAACAUGUGUGGUGUUAUCAUUGGUGCAAUACGAGCCCGACUGCCGUCAUGUGUUGUGGAGGCAGCGGAAAAGAAGCUAAGCCGGUACCUUUCGGGGGCACCUGACAGAGAAGGUGGCAGGGCCAGGAGGGUCCAGAAAAAGUCCCUGUCUGAGGAGGUUCAAGAAGCUCCUGCGUCCUUGGCCCCCUCCCUUGACGAGGAGCUGGACACCCUUCCCGAGGUUCCCGACCAGCAGUUUGAGUGAAUAAACACCCCUG